UGCGAACGAAACUGCUAGCCAUCAAUUCUUCAACCCCAGCGAGAGCAAGACACGCUAGCAGAAGCCAAGCCAAGGGAACGCACCCGCCGGAGCCCCGGUCCACGGCCCCAUGCCCUUCCUCUCGACGCCCUCGUUCGACCUCUCCGCCGGCGCGGAGCCCACACUCGGCCCGCGCCCUCCUCCUCCUCCUCCCCCGCCCGCCGCGCCUCCAUCGCAGCCGCAGGUCUCCGAGGCGGCGGCGAGGCGCCUGCGGGAGGCGGAGGAGCGGCUGCGCGAGGCCAUCCAGGAGCUCCACCAGAGCCACGGCCGGGAUGAGGAGGCCGCCAAAGGGGGCGGGUGGGGGUGCUGCGUGCAUCAGGGGGAGUCGUGCGCGGCGCACGCGGCGGGGAACCUGUGCCAGACCUUCCUGCUCUCCUACGGCGUCCGUGUCGGCAUCGGGAUCCUCCUCCGCGCCUUCAAGCUCGCGCGCCGCAGAUCCUACGCCUCGCUCCUCGAUCUCAAGCAACUGGUUUCGGAGAAAGAUCUAAUAGUAAGGGAGGAAGCUUGCCGGGUAGGGUUACUUUUUGGAGGAUUCACUGGAUCAUAUCAUGCACUGCGAUGUUUCCUUAGGAGAUUUCGCAAAAAGGAAACACCAUUCAAUGCAAUAUUAUCAGGUUCGGUGGCAGGCUUGGCGAUACUAGCACUAGAUGAUUCGAGUAGGAGACGCACCCUUUCUCUAUAUCUUCUAGCAAGGCUUGCUCAGUGUGCAUAUAACUCUGCAAAGUCUAAAAAUAGAUUCCACUUCUGGGGUAGCCAUUGGAGACAUGGAGAUGCAUUACUUUUUUCUGUCGCAUCUGCCCAGAUUAUGUAUGCUUUUGUAAUGAGGCCUGAAAGCUUACCAAAAUCUUACCGAGACUUCAUCCAAAAGACAGGACCAGUUGCAGAACCUGUUUACAAGGCUGUCAGAGAUAGCUGCAGAGGUGGCCAUGUGGAUCUCAUUGGCCUCUCGGCCUAUUUCGCAAACAAGAAGAAUUCAAAUUUGAUAAAUUUAACAAGAAGUCCCUCAAUUAUUCCAUGCUCUGUGAUUCAUCCUGACAGAGCAUCGUGCUUGGCUCAUAAUGUUACUGUCACUUCAUCAACAUUCAAGAAAACGUUCCCUUUGUAUUUCUCAUUGACAUUUGUCCCCUUUGUUGUUCUACGUCUUCAAAAGUUUUUGGAAUCCCCAGCUGCAACUUGCUGGCGUGCUCUUGUGGGUGCAGUUCGCUCUACCACUUUUUUGUCUGCGUUUGUCACUCUCUUCCAGUCUGCCAUCUGUUUGCACCGUAAAGUUGCAAGCAAAGACCACAAACUUGUGUAUUGGUUUGGUGGUUUACUGUCUGGUCUUUCGAUUCUCCUGGAGAAUAAAGCAAGACGAGCGGAGUUAGCUCUCUAUGUACUUCCCCGUGCUGGAGAAUCCCUAUGGUAUAUAUUGAUCAACCGCCACCUUCUCCCAAAUAUAAAAAAUGCUGAGGUGGGUCUUUUCUGCAUGUGCAUGGGAGGGAUCAUGUACUUUCUGGAGUACGAGCCAGACACCAUGGCUCCAUUCCUUAGAGGCCUGAUCCGGCGUUUCCUGGCGAGCAAGAUAACCAACCCAAGCCCGCCUCUGAAUUGCAACGCCUCCUACUCCUACCUUCAGACGCUGAACGUGUUGGAGCAGUCAAAAACGCAUCCUACCCCGGAGAAUGGCCUGCCUACGUCAGAGACGUACACCCUUGAAUCAAUUCCUGGACUUUAAGAGUUAACAGUUACUCGUACUAGUAGAUAUCACGCUCGUGGUAGUCUUUAGUCUGCGAUUUGUAAUAAACAAAUUAUGGGUGCGUUUCAGGAGGGGUAGGUGUGGAGCAUUCUAAAGCGAUUCUUGUUCAUACCCUUUUCGUUACAGGCUAUCCAUGUUCAAGAAUUAUCUAUGUAAAAGUCUUGAAAGAUCAUGUCGCCGUUAAACAACAGGCUUCGUCUUCUCUAAAUGGCACUGUUUGAUUCAUGAA